GAAUACAUCCGACUCUGAGAUGCGCCCCGCAAUUCCACACAACCAGUGCUGCCAUGUGAUUGAUUGCCUUCAGUCCAUUUGGCAAUAAGCAGGAGGAUUGAGGAGGCACCCUCAAACCCAGACAUCUUACUGGCAUGUUUUUUGGGUCGGGUCGGUUCGGGUGAGCAAGUGAGGAAAGUGCAUUACGACAUUAUGAAGUUGAGUGUCUUGCUUUCUAUUCUGUCUUUAGCACCAUCUUAAUAGAAGAAAAGAGGGAGACCGACAGAGUGUAACGCACAAAAUACCUUCCUGACCUGUCAUGGCUUUGAGACGAGCUUUGCACUUCGUUUUUAAAGUUGGUGACAGAAGUAAAACGGCCACUUUUUAUAGAGAUGUGCUCGGGAUGAAGAUUUUGCGUCACGAAGAGUUUGAAGAGGGGUGCAAGGCAACUUGCAAUGGUCCCUAUGAUGGAAAAUGGAGCAAGACCAUGGUCGGCUUUGGUCCGGAGGAUGAUUACUUUGUGGCCGAAUUGACGUACAAUUAUGGAGUGGGAGAAUAUCGCCUAGGCAAUGAUUUCCUGGGUCUGACUCUGCAGUCUAGUCAGGCUGUAAGCAAUGCUAAACAACUUGGGUGGCCCCUCACUGAGGUUGGAGAGGGCCUCUAUCUUGCAGAGGCACCAGGAGGUUACCGUUUCUACCUGGUGGACAAAGAAAAGCCUCCCAAAGAUCCCGUGCAGAAGGUGUCUCUAGCAGUGUCUGACUUGCAGAAAUCAACAUACUACUGGUCUACCCUUCUGGGGAUGAAGGUGAUGGAGAGAAAUGAGGGGGGAAAAACAGUGCUGAUGGGAUUCUCAGACACCCAGUGUAAACUAGAACUUCAUGACAUUGGUGUGACAGUGGAUCAUGGGACAGCCUUCGGUCGCAUAGCAUUCUCUUGUCCACGUGAGCAGUUAUCAGAUCUUGAAGCCUUGAUGAAAAAAGAAAAACAAAACAUCCUUACUCCUUUGGUUAGCUUGGACACCCCUGGGAAGGCUACUGUAGAAGUGGUCAUUUUGGCUGAUCCAGAUGCCCAUGAGAUCUGUUUUGUGGGGGAUGAGGCAUUCAGACAACUCUCCCAGAUGGACCCCAAUGGAAAUGCAUUGUUAGAUAAGGCUAUGGCUGAAGAUAAAAGUGAUGAGUGGUUUGCCAAUCACAACAAGCAGAAAGCUUCAGCAUGAUUGUUUUUGUGUGCUUUCCAGAUAGCACACUAUUGUACUAAUUGUGAACAGGCCCUUAGUCAAAAGUAAAACACUAAAUUGGGAAAAGGUUGCUAUUCAGGACACAGACUAGGACACAGAUGUGCCAUUGUGAUUCUACAGGACAUUUCCAGCUAUUGUACUUGGGUGUUUGUGAAAACGCAGAUGAUAGAGGUUUAAGCCAUGUUUUCUAAUCACCUACAACUUUUUGCCCUGUGUAUGGUAUUACAUGCCUAAAUAUCAGAAUGUUGCCAUGGUUACUCUGUGACAGUGUGUAUGGGGGAAAAAGACGUGUCCACCAGCCAGAAUGUUGAAUACAAUUAUAUUUCAACAUACUUUACCAGUUGCUGGUGCGUUUUAUCCUUUGGACUACAGGAGGUAGAGAUUUAAUGUUCAUAGUAAAGUUGUAGUUCCUUUGCUUUUUGUGCUUCUGUCUGUACACAGCAUAAAAACGACUUUUCAAACUCUAGAAGUAUUGCAUUUGAUUCGUAGUAUGUAAACAAUAGCCACAUUUUAGCAUAUUUUUCCUAAUCAGGUGGAAGUGCUUCCUGUCUUCCUGCUAAUAAAAUGUUAUUUCUGUGGUUUGGUCAUUGGUUCCAUUUAGCAGCGAUUGAUUUGAAUUACAAACAGCUGAAAUAUAUGUACAGACCUGUGUAUUAAAAAUGGAUUUAUCAACCUAACACAACCCUGUGAAUAUUUUU